GGUGGUCACUGCCUGCCUGUUCUAGCUUGCGACACACAAGUCAGUCACUUCUGCGUGACUGACGGACGGACCCCCUCUGAUAUUUCCUACUGCGUGCCUCCAGCAGGCAGUAGUCGAUCGAAAGCGGUUAGCAACAGUUAAAAGAAGCAGCAGUUAACAGUAUUAUAGUUUAUAUAGUGAUAUUAAUGUGAUACAGCUCUUUUUCUCUGUGGUGGUUAUAAUACGAAAAGUGUUUUGUUCAAGAUUCGAUGGCACUCAUAGGCGGAAAGUUUCCGUUUUUCUAUAUAAAUCGCGACAAGAUGGUGACCGAGAGCGGACACGUUUUGGUCAAAAUCAAAGGGGACGAACUUGCCCGUCUGGAAAAGAACUUCAAAGGCUCCUAUAACGGAAAAUACAACGGUCUAGUCAGAGUGACGCCAGGGGACUGGCUGUACCCUGGGGCCUUCAAAUACUAUACCAGUAAAUUGUACAACUUCAAGUGGAAAACCACAGACGUGCUGGUGGCAGGUUUCUUGAAGUGUGGCACCACCUGGUUGCAAGAGAUCGUCUGGACCAUGAGAAACAACCCGAACUUGGACAACGAAGAUGCCAACACGCCUAUUUUGUCCAGAGUUCCCAUCAUAGACCUAGACAUGUACAUAGACCCCAAGGCGUACCUAUUCCUGGUGCCAGGGAACCCACUGAAGAAGAUCGUGAAGGAAUUCAGGAAAAAGGUCCCCCACGGGAAGCCGGCCAAAGGAGUCUACCUUCAAACUGGGGACGCCCUGCCUGACCCGAGGACCCUCAAGUCCCACUUCCCGUUUUCUAUGCUGAAUCCUUCUCUGCUUGAACACUCGAAGGUGGUGUACAUAGCCAGAAACCCUAGGGACAUGAUCAUCUCACUACACCACAUGUACAGACUGUUCGAAUUCGCCAGCUACACGGGAUCCCUGGAACAAUUCGUGGACCAUUUCACCAACGACGAAGUGGUCCACGGGCCCUUCUGGCGCCACGUGAAGGAGGCCUGGCAGAUGAGGCACCACCCGAACCUCCACUUCGUCUUCUAUGAGGACCUCAGGAGUAACACCAAGUUCGAACUCAAGAGACUCAACGACUUCCUUGGCACCAACCUUACGCCGCUCCAGCUCGAGAACGUGGAGCACUACACGAGCUUUGAGGAGAUGAAAAAGAGAGACAACUUCACCAACACGAACAGGGCCGACAAUCCUAACGUGAACCAGAAGGUGGCUAAGACAGACGGUGGAUUCUUCAGAAAAGGACAAGUCGGAAACUGGAAGGAGAAGCUGACGCCUGAAAUGAUCGAGAAAAUCGACCAGUACACCAAGAAACACCUGAGCGAGAUACCCUUCCGGUACUCUGCGCCGUCUACGAAAAUCGACUCCUGAUGACAGCAGGGUCUUGAAUCUGCCUCAUUUCGUGAUCUAUCCUAUUGUAUUUUACGUCCUUUUACAGUUUUUCGUAAUGAUAUGAGUGUCUGUACUGUUGACUGAUAGGAUACCAGCCUUAAACAAAGCCUUUAAUCGUUCGUUUUACGUCUAGUACUCUGUAAUAAUCGUACCGCGGUCAUUUCUGCAACAAGCUGGUGUUUAUAGGCCUAACACCAAGGCGAAACAAGUCCCAUAAGUGUCAUAGAUGGUUGAUUGAUAAAAUACCAGCCUUAAACAAAGGCUUUAUCCGUUCGUUUACGUCCAGUAUACCCUGUAAUAAUUAGUCUAAUGUCAUUCUGCAACAAGCUGGUAUUUAUAGGCCUAACACCAAGGCGAAACAAGUCCUAUACGUGUCAUCGAUGGUUGAUUUGAUAGGACCCUAGCCUUAAAACAAAGCUUUUUAACCUCUAGUUUCCAUCCAUUAAUUUGUAACAAUUGUACUACCCUCAGUCUGUGAAAUGCUGGUGAUUAUAAGCCUAUAGCACAUAGGCGGCGCAAAUCUAUAGACUAUAUGACAAUUUUCUGUAAAUUUACUUAAGCAGUCUUGUAAGAAUACCUGUAUGAAUCAUAGUCAGUAAGAACAAUUUUCUAGUGAAAUUUAUAACUCGUGACGUGUGCAUUAUUUAUCACAUUUUAGAAUUUAUAAAAAAAAAAAAUGUAAGCAUGAACGGUGUAUGUAGUUAGUCUAAAAAAUUGUUCUGUAAAUACCACUAGGAUUAGGACGACAAGCGUGCCAUGUAAAUAGUUUUUGUUGUUGUUGAUGAGAUAAUGACACAGGGAACAAUAUAUUUAAAUAUAAUAUAA